AUGGAACUUCCCAGCCGCGAUGAUAACUCGCAAGAUUGGCCCCGCGCUGGCUGCUGGCUGCACUGUUGUGUGCAAGACCCCGGGUGAAACCCCGUACACCGCCCUCGCCCUUGCUGAACUCGCCCAUCGCGCCGGGAUUCCUAAGGGCGUUGUCAACUUUGUCACAUCCCAUCAUAACACCCCAGCUAUUGGCGAGGCCAUGGCUACGUCCCCCAUCAUCAAAAAGCUCUCCUUCACGGGUUCCACCAAUGUCGGGAAGAUUCUGAUGAAACAAGCUUCGGGAACUUUGAAGAAGCUAUCCUUUGAGCUUGGUGGGAACGCGCCCUUCAUCGUCUUCGAUGACGCUGAUGUGGAUCUUGCCGUCACCGGCGCCAUUGCUUCCAAGUUCCGCUCGUCUGGCCAGACAUGUAUUUGCGCCAACCGGAUUUUUUUCAAGGUGGGCAACGGCUUCGCAGACGGCAUAACCCACGGUCCUCUCAUCCACGGUCGCGCCGUGGACAAGGUCCGCGAGCACGUUAAAGAUGCUCAGGACAAGGGCGCCAAGCUGACGGUCGGCGGGAGUCCUCUUCCGGAUGUCGGCGACAAUUUCUUCGAACCGACCGUGCUGACGGGCAUGAACUCCGAGAUGGCGCUUGCUUCUGAGGAGACAUUUGGCCCCGUCGCUGGCCUCUUCCCUUUCAAGUCGGAAGCUGAGGUUAUGAAGCUCGCCAACGAUACCAACGUCGGCCUCGCCGGAUAUGUAUACUCAAGAGAUUCGGCAAGAAUCUAUCGAGUCGCCGAGCAUCUCGAAGUUGGCAUGAUUGGGGUCAAUACUGGUCUGAUCUCUGAUACCGUUUCUCCGUUUGGGGGCGUAAAAGAGUCUGGCUUUGGAAGAGAGGGUUCCCUUUAUGGCAUCGAGGAGUUCCAAACCAUCAAGACCAUCACACUCGGUGGAAUGGGGACGAGCGACGGCCCGCAAGCAAAGCCCCUCGUCAUUGAACAAUUAAUAAUGCGGCGGAACCUUCUCAGACCGGCCUAUGGCCUCGGGAGAUCGGAGUUUUACCGAACCCACGACGCCACAAGAUGCUUCACGACAACACAGUUCUUCUCCAAUCCCGAGGCCGGCGACAAGCCUGCCAACGCGCGGCCAAAUUUCCAACAGCGGACCGAGCGAGCUUCCAAAGAGGUCAACGCCCUCCUAAAGGAGUCUUCCGCUAAGAAUGCCGGCCCCCGAGGCCCUGCUGGCGCGACGGGCGGCCCCACCCCGCGAGGAAAAUCAUCAACAUGA